AUGGUUGUUGAUUGGCUCCUGGACCAGUGGGCCCCAACACUUCGAUCACCACCCUGCGUUAGGAUUGCGUGCGAUGGAUUUUCGGUGUUGCUCAACACCUUUGAUGACAAUCGAGUCACACCGCAACAAGCCCAGUUUGACCUGGUCUCCUCUAUCCGGGAGGCACUUGCCCGCUCUAGGGCCUUGUGGGAACCUAGCCACGUGUACUGUCACCUUGAUAUGGCGACAUCCUUUUCGUGCCUCUCUUGGUGGUCCAAACGGAAUGUGGAAGUGGAUGCGUGGGUGGUUGCCUAUCGCCACCAGCUUGAAGCUUCACACCGAUUGAUUGCACCUAACGCUCGUUUCUUUACGGAAUUGGCUGCCCUCUACAUCUGGGACGUCAAACAGUUGCGAUUGAAUCCAGAACAGGUCCAGGAACUGGUGGCGCUGCCUGCUCUACGCAAGCGAUGGCACGAGCGGCAGACAAUUACACAAGACGCAGAGCUGGAGACCGAUUGGACCAGUGACAGAAUUGUAUCAAGAACGGGUUCGUGA